UCAGCCGGGGCGCGAUAAUCAAUUAAAACUGAUUAAUCAAGAAGUUCCAGGUUCCAAAAUGUGGUUGAGUUACGUUGUGAUAUGGUGCUUUGGAAUUCAAUGGGUGCUCACUAUGGAAGCAGAAGUGGUGGUGUUGCGAGCGGUGCGUGGUCUUGAUGCUCGCCUGCCAUGCGGUCAGGGCAAAGUAUUCCUCGACGGACCCGAAUCGUAUAUUAUAUGGCUUAAAAACGACAGGGACUUAUUGUACCGAUUUCCUAAUGACGAAACCGAGAGGAGAUCUGUGAACUACGGUAACUUUUUCAGCUCGUCGUGUGACGGUGGCCUUUGCAAUGAUGAAACUUCACUCCUGCUGAAGCACGUAAGCGAUCAGGAUAGCGGCAUAUACAGGUGUAAGGUCCACUAUCAAGGGUCACCAUCAAUUGAUUAUGUCAUCGAUGUUCGUCUAGUUGAUUCUCCUGGAGCCCCUAAAAUAUACAACGAAGAUGGAAAGGAAAUAAAGAAGGCUUAUGUCGGACCACUACAUCUUGGUGCCGAUCUCACUCUCAUUUGUGAAGUCAAUGACGAGCAACCAGACACAUUGGUCUACUGGCGAAGAAAUGGUGUGGUCAUCGAGCGCGCACACACAGCGCGCCCAGGGGUGUUGUGCGCCGAGGUGCAUGUAAUGAAUAUAACGCGGGAUGAAUUGGACGCCCAUUACGAAUGUUUGGCGCAGAAUGCUGACGUCACGGACCCACUAAGCGCAAGUGUCGUUGUGAAAAUGUACUUACCGCCUUUGAAAGUUGAAAUUCGCCUGAACAACAACUACGAUUUCGAAGCCAGCCAGCCCCGUGUUGUUGACUGCGUAGUGGUGGGCUGCGUCCCUCCGCCGUCCGUCACUUGGCACUUGGGAGAGACACUGCUGAGACCGAGCAUACACAAAGAACUCCACGAUGGUAAUUACACUGUGUCUUCUCUAACUUUGGCGCCAGCACUAAGGGACAGCAAACAGGAGCUGGUAUGUAGAGCUCACAACUCACACUUGCAGAAUGCUGUGUUUGAAGACAAAGUCACAUUGAAUGUUGGAUAUCGACCCAUCUGCUUAACAAGACGCGAAGAAACCAUCGGAGCAAUGCCACGAAACGCGGAGACGGUCACAUGCGUCGUGGAAGCCUCACCAGAGCCCCUGCAAUUCAGCUGGACUUUCGCCGAUUCCAGGACAUUAUACACCAGUAUCAAGAAAGUUCCUGGUCAUACCCACCGGUACUCUUCAACCCUGACCUGGUUGCCUCGCGAAGGUGACAUGGGACUGCUGCUAUGUAGAGCAACUAAUGCCUUCGGGGAACAGAAAAGGCCGUGCAGCUACACCAUAACACAGGGAGGGCCCCCAGAAUCCCCAGAAUGCUCUAUACUGAGAUCCUUCCCUGACACUUUGGGAGUUCAGUGUAAGAAAGGAUGGGACGGCGGCAGAUCUCAAAUCGUACAUCUGGAACUUUUAUCAUCUGACGGCGUCCUGCUGAGGAAUGUGUCUGACCCAACGGGACAUUUCCACCUGCCCGACGUGGAGGACGACCUGAAUAUGACAGCCGUAGUAUACUCUAGCAGCUCCAGGGGUCGUAGCGAACCCAAGACCUUGUACCUGCAGUCAAUAACACCAUUAAGUAAUUCCGCCAUACUUGAAGAGAGCUCAUCUAGCUCAUGGGCUCAAUGGCUGGAGGCGCUCGGCGGGUCAGCUGCUGUUGGUGCUGUUGUGGUCGCUGCAGUUGUCUGCAUCAGAACGUUUAGAGCUCGCAAAGAGAACCCCGAUUAUAAUCCUGAUCUGGUGCCGCGGUCAGACGGAUCAUUCUACAGGGAGCCCGAUUUUUCACGCGAUGAUCGAAUGAUGAGCACCACUAAUAUUACGGUCAACCAACUAGCCUCGUGCCAAAAUUAUACAGCAACUCCAGUGCCAUCGUGCCGGCUACUGGUAGGUUGUGGACAUACUUCUACUCAAGAGAUCUCACCAUCUAAUCAACUCAAUUCAUUCUAUGUUUAAUUAUUUCAAAACAUAUACAUUUACUAUAUUAAAACGCUAAAGUUCAAAUCAUUUAUUGAACAUUUUGUUGCCUUUUUAUAGAUGUGUAACUCUAAGCUGUUAUAUGAAACAAUAUAUACCUACCGUCCAAAUUAAUUAAUAUGGACUACAUAUUUCGAUUUGAUUAUUUUCGGGCUCAUUGACCAAUAUUUGCUAUAGUAAUAGUAAGUGUAAUUUGUUUUGAUGAUUCUCUUUUCCUUUUUCGUAUUGGUUUAGUAUUAGGUAAUUAAUAUAAAAAAUGUACUUCUUAAAGUGCAAAGUAUAGAAAAAAUAGAAAUAGGAA